AUCAGCAUCAGCAUCAAAAUAUUACUUUAAUGGAGAAUUCAAUAUAAAAGAUUAAGUCUGUCUGACUUUCUUCUUAUAUGGCUGGCGCCUCUUCUUGUAUUCCUGCAUUGUUUCGUCGAAGGGCGGUCAAAUUGCAGGCUUCAAAACAAGCUGCGGCUACAAAACAAUCUGAAUAUGCACAAGUCAAGGAACAAAAGGAAAUGCAAAGCUUGACUGUUAGUAAGUCAGGCGGAGGAAGUCCGAGUAGAAACUUUCUCUUGCUCAUGGAGCUGAGGAAGAAGGUUUUGAUUUUUAGAGACAUCUUUGAUAUUCCUCCCCUAAAUGGCUCUGUUCCAAUACAAGAGCUGCUGAUAUUAACAGGAGAGGACCUUCAUAGAAUGUACCCUGAAUUUGUACACACUAUUCCAACAGCAAAACUGAAGGAGAGAAGCACACAUGAGGGAUUGAUAUGCUUUUAUGAAGUCCUAAAAUGUGUGGGAGACUCAGCAUGGAUAGAGGAUCCUAAGGUCAAGGAUAUGUUCCAGUAUACCAAUGUCAAAAAAAUCCCAUUGGAUGAUCUCGCCAAGAUGGUGGUGACAAUAUUGGAUUGCAUUAACAGGACAGCAAGAGAGAGGUUUGACUCAAUGGAGGAGGAUGAACCAAGGAAGAGUUACUCGAGGUCCAUCUCAAUUGACUGGAAAUCAACGGAGCACAGCUCCGAAUGGAAAUACUCAUCGUGUGCUUCACCUCACACUCCAACUUCCGUCUUACCUGAGUCCCCACCAAGAUAUGCAGAUCAGUAUUCUUCUCCACGUCACUCUCCCCCACGUCUUUGGGACCUCAGGCUUCAAGCUGUGGAUAAGUUAACUCCUAUGGACUGGAAGCGACUGUCUUUCCAUAUGGCACUUCAGAAUCAAAUGCAGAAUCCCAAGACUAAUCAGAAUUCACGAGCAAAAAUGAACCUUCCAGCUGUUUCGGAAGAUCGAAAAGAUGAGGUAAAGAGUGAAGAUGAUACAGGGCCAACUCCUAUGAUCAUAGAAAUAGAUGAUAAAGAAGCACUUCAAAUAGCAUCAUCGAUGACCAAGUUGGAGUCUAAUGAUCAAGACAAGCUAGGACAAUCAGUAACACCACUUACACCUAAAACACCAACAACACCUACUGUUAUGUCAUCAUUCCCACCAAUCAAGCAACUCCACUCGCCUCCACCGCAACCACCACCACCACCACAAUCCAUUGUGUCUGUUCCACCACCUACUAAUUCAACACCUCCUCCACCACCUCCACCGCCACCCUUUAAAUUAAGCCCUCCAACAUCAGUUCGUAAUGAUCCACCUCCUCCACCUCCACCAUUCAACACAAAACCUUCAACUCUACCACCUACUAUUUUAACACCUCCUCCACCACCUCCACCACAACUCCUAAAAUCAAGCCCGCCAAUUUCACUUCCCAAUAACCCACCUCCACCUCCGCCAGUCAAUCCAGGGCAUCCAUCACCACCACCACCUCCUUCUGCAAUCCCACCUUCACCAUUCAACACAGGGCCUCCAUCUCCACCACCACUUCCUUGUCCAGCCCCACCGCAACCUCCACUAACUACUGGAGCAAGAGCUCCACCGCCACCUCCACUUCUUAGUGUUCAGGCUCCUCCUCCACCACCACCACCUCCUGGAGGAGCUCCACCACCGCCACCUCCACCUCCAGGCGCAAAGGCGCCUCCUCCUCCACCGUCUCCAGGAGGAGCUGCACUACCACCACCAAUGCCUGGAAAAGGAGGGGGACCACCACCUCCUCCCCCAGGAAAGUCCCUACGUGCAAAAAACACCACAAAAUUGAAGAGGUCAUCUCACAUGGGAAACUUAUAUCGCUUACUCAAGAAGAAGCUUGAAGGAGCUUCUUUAACAGUGAAAUCCUCUCAGGGGAAAAAGGGUGGUGGAAAUAAUGGUAGUAGUGCUGGUGGAGGACAGAGCAUGGCUGAUGCACUUGCAGAGAUGACUAAAAGGUCAUCAUACUUCCAGCAAAUUGAAGAAGAUGUGGAAAAGCAUGGAAAAACAAUUAAGGAAAUGCAAGGUGCCUUAAGCUCUUUUCAGACAAAAGACAUGAAUGAACUGUUCAAAUUCUACCAGGAAGUAGAAUCCAAGCUUGAAGUCCUAACAGAUGAGAGUCAGGUAUUUGCAAGGUUUGAAGGCUUUCCAGUGAAAAAGUUGGAAGCCUUAAGGAUGGCAGCAGCGCUGUAUAAGAAACUUGAUGCAAUAUUAUCUGAAUUACAGAACUGGAAAAUUGAGUCUCCUGUGGUCCAGCUUCUAGAUAAAGUAGAGAAAUACUUCAACAAGAUUAAAGGGGAACUGGAAAAUUUAGAAAGAACGAAAGAUGAAGAAACAAAGAAGUUUCAAAGCCACAACAUCCACUUCGACUUUCAAGUUCUGGUCAAGAUUAAGGAAGCAUUGGUGGAUGUCUCAUCAGGCUGCAUGGAAUUGGCACUAAAGGAGAGGAGAGAAGCUAAGGCAGAAACAAAUGAUUCAAACUGGUCCAAAGCAGGCGGGCAGAAAAAUGUAUGUGCAAAAACGCUCUGGAGGGCAUUCCAAUUUGCCUUCAAAGUCUAUUCCUUUGCAGGUGGGCAAGAUGAACGCGCGGAAUUCCUAACAAGGCAACUCGCUCAAGAAAUUGAGACAGAUCCUAUGCAAAAUUAAUCCACUAUUGCAUAUAUAAAAUGCAUUGAAGUUAUAUAUAUUCUAUAGUACAUACACUAGAAUUCAAACUUAAGUCUAUCAUUAUUUUCAUUUAUAACCUAGCAUUCUUUGGCAAUGCAAGGGUCAUGAUCUAUUGCGGUGAUGCCUAGUUUCUUUGAAUGGCAAAUUAGUAGCUGUUAGUAACCAUUGAGAACACACAUCACUUGUGAGACUUGAGGAUUAGUUUUCUGCAGCACAGCUAAUCUCUGGCAAUUAUAUGCUGCAUUAUAUGUAUAUAUGUUUUCACGGCACCAUUUCUUUAUUGGUUUUGGGACUUCUACAUAAUAACAAAAACAUUUUUGGCUUGGUGUGUAAUUAAGUGAAGUAUACCUUGGUGUUUCUCAUUCUUUUCAUACUAAGAAAUGGCUCCUUAAAAAGAAUCAUGAGUGGCCUAGUGAUUGAGGUUUUCUCAUCCUCCGUUAUGAUAGAUAUUCAAUCAUCACUGCUUCCAUGAACGAUUAAUUCUUCCAAACCUUUUUUUAUUGCCCAAAAUAAGAUUUUUAAUAAAAAAAAUGGCUUGUAAAAAUUUUUUACAAUGCCAAGUUGGUUUAAUGUUAUAUUAUUUAGAAUUAAUUAAAAAUAAUUUUUUAUAAAGAUUAAUUUGUUACAUGUAGAAUCGUUGUGUGUUA